ACAGAGGGAGUACUCGUUCUUUAUCCUCGUUAAACGAGCCAAUAUCUGUUUAUGUGAAAGCGCCAGAGCAGCUGCCAUUGACGAACUCCAUCAACACUCAUCACAAGAAUCCAUCAAAUAUUCAAAUGGGUGCAUCUGAAUCUACGCUUUCAUCCUCCAUUAAACCUGAGAAUCAAAUAACUACAGUUUCCGAACGAAUCGAAGAUGUUGACCCCAUUUUAGAUAGAUUAAAAUCCCUCAAAAUUGCUACACCAAUUCUGACAGCUCCUCCAACAGAGAGCAGUUUGACUGAUCUUCUAGUCAGGAAGCCUGCAUCCUCAAAGCAUGGUACUUUAAACCCAAAGGUGAUCCUGGAGCUUUUCUCCAUGUAUCGUGACUGGCAGGAGGAGAAGGCUCAAAAGAUCACUUGUAGACAGGAGGAAAUUGAAAACAAGAUAGAAGUUGUAGAUGCAUUGUCAGCUAAACUUCUGCAACGGUUUAACGGAUCUGUAUCCACCAUGAAGACUGCAUCACUACAUUUAUCAGAAGUUCAUGCGUUGAAAGUGGAGCUCGGGGAGCUUAAAGGGAGGUUAACCGAGGUUAUUAGUAACUGUGAUACGUUAUGUAAACGAAUUGCUUCAGACGGUCCCGAGUCACUUCGGUCGUCUAUUAAGCCCUUUUCAGCAUCCGAAACUAAUGUAAUUAUCACUUCUAAAUUGUGUUCAGAAAUUGUAGAUACAAGCAUGCCUUCAAAAAAAGUUGUAGAAGAUUAAUCCUAAUUUAUAAUUUGUCCAAUCUAUGUUUCUUUGUAGCUCAGGGAUGAUAAUUAUUGAUGUAAUUGUGGUUGGUUUGUAUCAUUCUUUGAAAUAAUUAUGUUACUCUUUGUAUA